UAUUAGAGGCCACCCUCAUUAUGAUUUCAUUUCAGUGGAGCAAUGUCAAGAAAUGUGGAAAUAUAUCAGGUUGAAAUAUAUUCGAGAGCGAGUGAUCAUCCUAAAAAUGCCUACAGGUUCCCAAAGCUAUUCAUGCAAAUGGCCUUUAUAUGAGAGGAUGGGGUUUCUAAAUGUUGCAAUCUCCACCAGGAAAACGAAAGGAAAUAUUGUUCGAAAAACUGCUGCUCCCCUUCAAAUGCCUUCACGAGAAUUGUGGCAAGAUUCCCUCAGCCAGGACAAUUCUCAAGAGUCUCAAGACAUGGAAGAGUCUCAGAGCCAAGAUGAAGAUAAUAUGAAUGAAACAUAUGAAGAAAUAGGUAUUAUUGAAGAUGGUUCUGGACCUGAAAAUAAUACUGCAUCAUCAGAGCUUCAGAUCAAAAAACAAAAUGAUAUCCCAAGCUCCCCAUCAAGUUCAGUUAUUUCAAAUACGAAAAUAAGUAAUAUGAGAAAAGAACGGAAUGACAGCAGCAAGAGAAAAAAUGAUAUUUCCUUUGAAAAGCUAGUCCAAACAUGUGCUGAUAUAGGAAAAAAUCUCAACUCCUUUUUGACCUCAGACACAUCUGACAUCAAUAAAGAAGAUUAUCAUUUCGCAAUGACUUUGGCAGAAUCUCUGAAGGAAUUUGAUAAAAAAAAGUAGCUGGCUUUGAAGGCUAAAAUAAGGCUUAGUUUAGCUGAAGCUGCAGGAGACUGAAUAUGUUGUCCGUUGUAUUCUUAGUGAUUAUUUUUACUUCAUUUCAAGAGUUUAUAUUUUGUUCCUGGUAGUUCUUAAGAAAUUAGUAUAAGCUGUGGUGCAAUAGAUUUUGAAGACUGCAUAACCUAUAUUUUGUGAUGCCUAUAUGUACCUUUCAUAAAUAUUUUUAAGUUUGUGUUGAAGUAGUUC